CCUUAAUCCAUCAAAAUGAGAAUCUAUAAAGAUAUUAUUACUGGUGACGAGAUGUUCUCGGACACAUACAAAAUGAAGCUGGUCGAUGAAGUACUUUACGAAGUGACCGCUAAACUUGUGCAGAGAACCCAGGGCGAUAUCCAGAUCGAGGGCUUCACCUCUGCUGAGGAAGCUGACGAGGGCACUGACUCUGCAGUGGAGACUGGAUUAGACAUAGUUCUCAACCACAGGCUUGUGGAAACAUACGCCUUCGGUGACAAAAAGUCGUACACACUGUACCUUAAGGACUACAUGAAAAAAUUAGUUGAAAAACUAAAUGAGAAGGCGCCCGAUCAAGUUGAGGUAUUCAAGACCAACAUGAACAAAGUUAUGAAGGACAUCCUCGGCAGGUUUAAAGAACUACAGUUCUUCACCGGCGAGUCCAUGGACUGCGACGGUAUGGUGGCCAUGUGCGAGUACAGAGAUAUUGAUGGCCAGCAAGUGCCAAUCAUGAUGUUCUUCAAACAUGGUCUAGAAGAAGAGAAGUUCUAAGCAGCAUAAGUGUUCUGUAUACUCAUACUAUUCCACAUCGCCUAACUCAUCUUUUGUAUUUAUUUACAAACCAUGUCCUGCCUGGACCCGGCUUCUCCCAUCACAAGGCUGAACAAUUUUGUAAUGUUAUCAAAUGUUACAUAACUUAAAUAAAUUAAUGACAGCA